AUGAGCGACGGAAUCCCCGCCGAGACGCCGCUCCUCUCGGCGUCCAAGCUGCUCGCCUCGAUCCUCUCGUCGAGCAGCGAGGGCCAGCCGCUCUCGUCAUCGUCGCUGGCAAAGCUCAAGCUGGCCCACAAGCUCCUGUCCAACCUCGACCCGUACCUCGACGAGGUGUCGAGCAAGGCGCCCGAGAUCCAGAAGCCCCUGCUCAAGGCCACCGCCGAAAACGACUGGGAGGGCGCCUGGAAGCGCGGCGAGACCAUGUUCCAGCUCACCCCGGCCUGGAGCGCCGGCGCCUACGAGGGAAACUUUGUCGGCAUGAUGACACGCAUCAUGAACGCCAAAAACGCCCUCGAGGUCGGCAUGUUCACCGGCACCACCACCGUCUGCAUCGCCAGCAGCCUGCCCAAGGACGGAAAGGUCAUUGCGCUCGAGAUCGAUCCCUACCUCGCCAACUUUGUCAAGCCUCACUUUGAUGCGUCCGGGCACGGCGACAAGAUCGACGUCCGCGUCGGCGGUGCCGCCGAGAGCCUCGUUAAGAUCGGAGAAGAGGGGCACCAGUUCGAAAUCAUCUUUAUCGACGCCGACAAGCCCGGAUACCUCUCGUACUACAAGACGAUCAUGGAGAAGAACCUGCUCAAAAAGGGCGGCCUGCUCGUCGUCGACAACACCCUGUACAAGGGCUCGCCGUUUGCGCCCGAGAUUGUCGACUUUGACGACGAGAUCAGCAAGCCCAACGCCGACGCCAUCACCGAGUUCAACAAGGUCGUCGCGGCCGACGAGCGCGUCGAGGUCGUCCUCCUCCCGCUCCGCGACGGCGUCACGUUCAUCAUGAACAAGGAGUGA